CGGCAACCAUGAGUCAGGUUCCGCGGUUUUCUUUCACUAGCGGGAAUCCUGUACACCUGGAGGACACGCGCGGCAUCGGAGGAGAGCAGCACUGGGGCUUGGAAGAGACGCUCCUCCCAGUAAGCUGAGUUUUAUCACAUCAACAAAUUUUCAGGAGCCAACCCUUGACUUUAUCAAUAUGAAAGGUUGAUGCAACAGCGUCCUCGAGUGAGAACCAGUGUACUCCUCUGAGAUCCUGGCUGCCUUGGUCCUCAGAGGUCUGUAAAGAAGAGCAGAAGCAGAACCAUCACACUACCUUCUUGUGAAAAUGGAAUCUCAAAAAAGACCACGUGAUGUAACCAACACCCAGGAACAAAGAUUCUGUUCCCAUAAGAAAACUAGGCAAGAUCAGACCACUGUCCCAAGGAAAACAAUCAUCAUUACAUUGGGCGUACACCAGAAGACGUAUGUGCUCACUCAUAGGGAGACAGAUAGCUUAUAUGCAGGACUAAAAACUCUUAACGCUGUCAAAGAAGAGAUAAAAAGUCAUCAAGGCAAAAAAAUGCUGGUGUGUGGCACAGAAGGAAUUGAAGGGUACAUACACCUUGGCACGCCUCUCAGUUGUUUUCCAGAAAGCAGCCGAGUGGUAAUUACAUUUUCCAAAACUGAAAGUGAGCAGGAAGAAGAUAACCUAGUGUUUGGAUGGCAGGACCAGUCAUCUGAUGACUGUGUCAUAUUUUACAUUAAUGCAUUUGGGAAGAGGAAGAAAAGGAUUGUAAGGUGCAAGGAACUUGACAAAGAAGAGUACAAACUCUGUGUGUAUGGCUUCAAAGGAGAGACCAUCAAGGACACUCUGAGGAAAGAUGGCAGGUUUCUUUCCUUUGUAGAGAAUGACCCCUGGAAACUCCUUACUGACCAGGGCUACAUCAUAGAAAACACCCAGCCUAUUGACAAGUUAGAGGGCAAGCUCUUUCAGGUUGAGGUUGAGAUAAGAAAGAGCCCAGGGGCAGCAAGAGCCUCUCGGAAUUCUAAGUUAGAGGAAAUAAACUUACAUGUGCUAAAAGAAGACAUUAUGGAAAAGUACUGCAAAGGGUUGAAAGAAGAAUGUGAAAAAGUUAGAAGGAACAUAAAGGAAGAAACUAAAAAACUGAGAAAGUCCUUAUUUAAAGCACAUAGGAGGGCAUUCAAGGAACUAACAAAAAACUCUACGCCAGGUAAAAGAGUGAAAUUUCUUUCACAGUCCCUUGAGUCUGUUGGGUACAUAUCCUGGAACAGUAACGGCAAGACAGGUGGGGCCACAUGCUUUGUAUUUAGAGGACUGUACAUUUUUACUUGCUGGCAUGUAUUAAAUGACAUUGUGGGAAUAGGCAGAGAGCCACGUGAACACACUGAUGUAAUUAGCCAGAGUGUAAAGGUGACAUUUGAUUAUGAAGAUUAUGAAGAAUUGGACAUUUUUUUUCUUGUUGAACCUUGGCUUGAGGUAGGUGAUGGAACUCUUGACUAUGCUGUCCUGAAACUGAAGGAAAAUGGACAACAGGUACCUCCCGGACUAUAUAAUGAAACAGUUCCUAGGCUCCCUAGUGACUUGAUGUAUAUGAUUAGCCAUCCAGAUGGAAAACCUAGGAUUAUUGAUGCUUGUACUGUGGUUUUUCAAAGUAUACAAAAAAGGGAAAAUCAGGAAUGUGUUCAGGGAGGAGAAGCAAUGGAUCGCAGUGAUCCUGAGCAGUAUAUCCGUCUGUACACUCAAAGAAGUUUCCAGAAAACAACCAGGAACCCUGAUGGCAUUACCAGUAAUGCUUUCUAUUGUGGGUCUUCGGGAUCCCCUGUGUUUGAUUGUGAAGGUUCAUUGGUCGCCAUGCACACUGUUGGCUUCAGUUGUGAGGACCAACAUGGAGUUUCUAGCAUCAUUGAGCUUGGUUUGAGGAUGGAACGCAUCCUCAAUGAUAUUAAGCAGAAGCAUGAAAUAUGGUAUAAUGAAGUUUGUGCACAGCAGCAGGAUGUAGAAAUGCAUAGUCUGGAGUAGUGAAAACUGAACAAAAUUCCAUCUGUUUUCUCUCUUUAAAGGCACUGUACCAUUCUGUUGGCAAUGAUACACUAACUUUCAGAACACUCCUUUAUGUUUUUUAAUUGUUUUUUCUUCAUUUUGUGUGUGUAGGGGUGAGGGACAGGGACACAUGCCACAAUAGACAUGUUGUGGUCAAAGAACAACUUGUGGGAUUCUGUUCUCUCCUUCUGUCAUUUAGGUUCCAGGUAGGGAACUCAGGUCAAGUGCUUUCACCUGGUAAAGCACCUGACUACCACUAAGCAUUAUGUUUUUGAUGAAAAAAUGGAAGGAAGUGAUGACAUCUUCUCAUACUGCACUGGAUCUUGCUAAUGUUUCUUUUUCAGUAUCUGCUGAGCUGACCAAGACCAUCUGGCCCUUGCUUGGAAGAGACAAUAGUGGGCCUUUCCUUGCCCUGUGCAUCCUCUGCUAAGGUUUUCAUAGAUAAUGUUAACCUUUAAGUGUCUUAUAGACUUAUAAAACUAUUUGAAAGAUCAGUAAAGACAGCAGUUAAUGGAGUUUAGUUAUAAUGCCAGUACUGGAGGUGGGCUGUCCUCUGUGAGUUUUUACCAGGGAGGCCUCUGAAAUCCCACAGUAUGUUAAGACCAUUGCCUCUGCUCUUAGUUGUAUGCCAGAACUAGAUGGUAAGACUCUAUUGCUGAAGACAUCACACAUCUCAGUUGUAAGAAAUUGAGAAUCAAAACUGGGACUGAGCCAGAUGUUCCCUCCUGGUUGAUUCUCAUAGUGUUGAAAGGCAUUAUGCAGGCUAUUAGGGGGUGGGGCAGAGUGUCACCAAUAGUCCUGCUCAGCUAUGGACCUCAUAUACUACAGUCCCAACAUGCUAGGCAGAAUGUGCCCACUGGUGCAACAGUGGCACUAUUGUCAUAGAUGUAGCUAACUACUUUCUGAUUAGGUCUAAGGCCUUAUCCACAGAAUGGGAUUUAAGCCUACUAAAGUAGUCAGGUCCAAAGCCUGAAGUUGAAGUCAUAGGCACCAGGGAAGAAGCGACUGCUAUGGUUUUGUGGAAUGAAUGUGAUGUCUUUCAGACUGCCUUCUAAAUAUAUUUGCCUAUGCCUUUAGAUCUCUGUUGCUGCAAGCCUCAAUUGCUUGGGGAAGGAAGCUUCUGUUUUGCAAUGGAAGGUGCUACAGAGACUCAUAACUGAUCAAGCCUCUGAGACUAAAUGACUGCUGCUGUGAAGUAGAGGCCCAAUACUCAGCCACAGGUGGAGGAAAAUAAUCAGCCAUCUGCAUUACCCCUUCCAAGGCCCAGGGAAAAUUGUGGAAGGGGGGAGGCGUAAAGAAUGUGAGAGCUGAUGGAAAGGGGUGGUGUGCUAUGUGUAGGAUUUUCUUCCAAAUUGAAAGAUUCCCUCCUGGAGGAAGGAAGGAGGCUCCUGAAAUUCAAGAAGUAAAUAAACUUGCAAGUUCUGGGAAGUUGAAACUGACAAGAUUCAUGAGGCCCCUCUCCAGGCUUCUGGAAGUAGUAAAGGAAGGCCAGAGAGAGGGAUUCUCCAACCCAUCAAACUGCCUAGAGGAUCCUUGCCCACAAGAUUGCAGAGAGCGCCCAGUUGCAGCUUUGUGAUUGGCAUGGGCUUUUCAGAGAUGCUGAUAACUUUAAUUCAUCCAUACUCCUGUAAGUCAGCCCUUAUCCAUAUUCUUCUAAGUAACCCCAAUAAACUUAUUAGAUCACCAA